CUGAUGAAUAACUUCAGCCUUAGGAUCAAUUAAGUAAAGAAAUCAGCAGAUUAGUAUUUGGCAGGGUAGAAAUUUAGUCCUUGAAAUAGUUAUUUUUUGUCUAUACAGGCAGCUCUACUAUAAAGCCAGUUGAACCUUCAGUUCUUUAGGAUUCCUGAAAACAUGUUCUCUCCUACCCUACAACUACACUACAGAUUGGCACAAAUUAAUCUGGAAUGCAUCUACUGUUUCACUUAUGGUCUAUAUUUGUUAUUCCUAUUAUGUUAUUCCCUUCGUUUGCUUUUAGGUACUGUGUUGUUUUCUAAUUUGCAUUGAGAGUCGUUGUGAGCCACUCAGAGAUGCCAUAUAAAUCUUUUUAAAUAAGAUUCCCUUCAGAACUGGAUGAAUUUAUACAUCAGAAUUUCCUUUAAAAGCUUCAGGAUUUGUCUUUAUUAUAAUCUGAAUAGUAUAAAUUAUAAUCAAAUUAAACAUUUGCAAUGUCUGCCCCAAUAAACUCUUUCUGUAUGAAGUUGGUUGCCCCAAUCAGGCUCCUUUGUAAUGUAUCAAUAAUUACGCUGCCUCAACAGUUACUUUUAUCCACACAUGAUCGACCAAUACACAAACUGACAACUGUGCAUAACUUCUGCCUAAGCAGGCCAGCCAUAGCUCCUUCCCCAUAUUUAAAUCAUUUUAGGGUCAGGGCAAUCUGAACAACCAGUAUCUCCUUCUUUCAAUCCUAUCCAGAUAUCAAAAAUUACACUCCCCCGAAGGAUAGCAUAAGUUCCGGACAAGCUGGCCGGUCACCAAUGUAAGAAAAAGGCCAACCGUUCCUUUGCCUCUCGCUCGCUCCGAGCAACCCGCCGGCCUCGCAGCUUUCAGCCCAGGAGAAAAAGGGCCGAGCCGGGCUCUACGCGCCAGCGAGGGUGGAGCUCCGAGCGCAGCGCAUGGGUGUUCGUCUUGUGCAGUGGCGCGAAGCCGCAGAGACUGGGCAGGGUUUUCUUUUGGCCGCCGGGUUUCAUCAAAACCUCUGCUUCCACUCGGCGGUGGCCGGAACCGGGAAGCGCCCAUACCAAGGAAAUUCGUCCCCGCCCCAGGCGUGCCUUUGCGCUCUGCUAUAGCUUGCAGGGUCAUCUCCGUUCCCGGGAGAGGUUAUGAAGCUUACUAAAGCCCAAUACGAAGAGGUGGUUCAGUUCCUGGCUCAGGUACCGCCCACCAGGCAGAGCCUGAGGAAACUGAAGGAAAAAUUCCCCAGUCAAUCGCAGUCCACUCUGCUGAGCAUCUUCUCCCAGGAGUACCAGAAAUUAAUCAAAAGAACACAUUCAAAACAUCAUACUCCAGAGGCAACUGAAGCUUACUAUCAAAGAUACCUGAAAGGUGUGUCUAAAAAUGCAGUUUCUCCUGUAUUAUUGGAACUGGCCAAUGAGGUGGAUUUUGCCCCAUCACUUAUGGCUCGAAUUGUGCUAGAAAGAUUUCUACAAGAACAAGAUGGAUCAGUACCUUCAAAAACUCUUAUAAACAGUCUGCUUCGGGAUCCUUCUCAGAUUCCAGAUGGAGUUUUAGCCAAUCAGGUCUAUCAGUGCAUUGUGAAUGACUAUUGUUAUGGACCGUUGGUCGACUGCAUCAAACAUGCAAUUGGAUAUGAACAUGAAGUCUUACUGCAAGAAAUGCUUCUGGAGAGAAAUAUAUCAUUUUUAGCUGAGGAUCAGUUACGGGCAAAGGGUUAUGACAAAACACCAGACUUCAUUUUAGAAGUGCCAAUUGCUGUAGAAGGUCAUAUCAUUCAUUGGAUUGAAAGCAAAGCCUCUUUUGGUGACGAAUGCAGCCAUAAAGCAUACUUAAAUGACCAGUUCUGGAGCUACUGGAACAGAUUUGGUCCCGGAUUAGUAAUCUAUUGGUAUGGAUUUAUCGAGGAACUAGACUGUCAUCGCAACCGGGGUAUCUUGCUCAAAGAUUGUUUCCCUACUGAUAUUGCUGUCCUUUGAGGCAGCUAUGAGGCUCAGCCAUGAAGGUGGAAAAGGCAAAUCCGGAAGCAAUUUUAUUUUCCUGAAAUAUAAACUACUGGCAACAUCUGUCCUGAACUUCAUCUGAACUCUUUACUGGCUGGGAUCGCCCUACCACCUCUUUAGACAAACACUUCAAGAGUCUCUGUUUUACUUCAACCCCCUGCUAAUGCAAGCAGCCAAAAAAAUACCGACACAGCCCAAACAUUAUCAGCAUUUCUGCCUCUGUCAAACAAUUUAUAGAUAGCUGUAAUCUUUCUUCCUUCCGGAUGGCUUCUCUUUGCACUUUCAACAAAAGAAGAAAUGUAGAGGUCAAAAGGUGUGGUUUUCAGUUUUCCUCCCUGUAGCAGAAUCACCUUAAAAACAGAAAAUAUCUUCAGUCCCAAAAUCUCUCCCCCCCCCCAAAUGUUAAAAAUCUUGCUAAUGCAGAGGUAAUUAAUGUCAAUCUCCAUUUUCCCAGGGCCAAAACUGGGUAGAAAAACAAGUCACCCAUUGGUGCUUUCUUGGCUUCGCAAGACAGUUGGCACUUCUAUAAUAAUUUUAAUUACUAGUAUAUAGUGUUGAAACUGAAAACAUAAAACUGUAGAAAUGCUUUAUCUUUAAACAAAAAGUUUUGCAUAUCAUUUCUUGAAUUAAAACAUGGGCAUGUUUAUGGAUUGUAGAAGAUGUAAUGGACAUUGUUUUAAAGCAAAAUAAAGUGAGCCAUUGUUUGA